CCCAUGGGGAGAAAAAGGUGAAAAAGGUAGACAGGGACCUCAAGGACCACAGGGUAUGAUUGGAGAAAAGGGUGUUCCUGGUAUUGCUGGCCAAGGGGUAAGCAAGGCUUCCCAGGAAAUCCUGGCCUGCCAGGACAAAAGGGAGACCGCGGUAUGGAAGGUUUACCUGGCCUGCCAGGUAUGAUCGGGAUGAAAGGUGAAAGAGGUUUUCCUGGUUCCGAUGGACCAGUUGGUCCAGUUGGUCCUCAAGGUGCACCUGGUGGAAAAGGUGAGACUGGCAGGCCAGGGUUACCUGGUCCUAUUGGACCUGCUGGGUUUCCAGGAGAACCUGGCCUUCCUGGUCUGCCUGGUAAUGAUGGACCACGUGGACAGCCUGGUCCAGCAGGUGGGCCUGGACUUCCAGGCCAGCCUGGUCCACAAGGGCGAGAUGGACCUAAAGGAGACAAAGGUGACCUAGGUCCUGCAGGGUUCCCAGGUCAGGAUGGACGACCAGGCUUACCUGGGCGACCAGGCCCCAAAGGAGACCCAGGCUUGAAGGGUGAGCCUGGACUGACCAUUCCUGGGCCUGCAGGUCUUCCUGGUCUUCCAGGGUUGGAUGGAGUUACAGGUGUGAAAGGCGAGAAAGGUGCCAAGGGUCUGCCUGGUCCAUCUGGCAAUGCCACCCAGGGAUUGCCCGGUCUUCCUGGUCCCAAGGGUGAUAAGGGUCAGCAAGGGUUUCCUGGUCUGCCUGGACGAGAUGGCAUUAGUGGUUUCCCUGGAGAGAAAGGUAAUGAUGGAGGCCCAUGCGAGGCUUGCUUGCCAGGCUUUAAAGGAGAGAAAGGAUCACCUGGGCUUGAUGGUCUACCUGGUUUACCAGGAGAAAGGGGUGUGCCUGGUUUGCUUGGAUUCAAAGGAGAACCAGGCGAAGAUGGGCCUCCUGGCAUUCCUGGCCUUGCUGGAGUGCCUGGUGAAGAAGGAUUGCCUGGAUUACCUGGAGAGAGGGGUCCAAAGGGAGAAGAUGCUCGCCCUGAAGUUAUUCCUGGCCCUGAAGGUCUUAAAGGAGACCCUGGUGCGCCUGGUUUACCUGGUGAGCCUGGACGACCUGGGCGUCCUGGACCUUCAGGACCACCUGGUGCACCUGGCCUGCUGGGACCGAAAGGAGAUAGAGGUGACAAAGGAUUCCAAGGGUUAGAUGGAAGGCCAGGUCCACCUGGCCUACCUGGCAUCCCAGGUGAUGUUGGUGAUCCAGGCAUAGGUAUUCCAGGCCCACCUGGUGAAAGAGGUGAUCCUGGCAUGAACGGUUUGCCAGGCCUGCCUGGUCUUCCAGGACAAAAGGGAGAACCUGGUCGAAUUGAUGGUGUCAACCUCAAGGGUGAAAAGGGAGAGCGAGGCUUUGAUGGCGUGCCAGGAAAGGAGGGUCUUCCCGGCUUACCAGGACUUCCAGGACCCAAGGGUGAGUCCGGACUGCCAGGGCUGUCUGGAUUACCUGGAAUGAAGGGCGUACCAGGAGAACCCGGUCUGACUGGUGUUUCAGGACCUAGAGGCUUACCUGGACCUCGAGGUGAUAAAGGACAGCCUGGCCUAUUAGGUUCCCCAGGUUUCACUGGACCCAAAGGAGAUCCAGGUCUUCCAGGGCUUCCUGGCAUAGACGGUGAAUCUGGAUUACCUGGGCUUCCUGGGGAUGCCCUAGAAGGCCCACCUGGUCUCCGUGGAAACCCUGGGUCUCCUGGUCCCCCCGGAGAAAAGGGUCGUGACUGCUUACCAGGUGAACCAGGUAUUCCUGGAUUACCUGGUCCCAAAGGAGCUCGUGGUGAGGAUGGCUUACCUGGACUCCCAGGUCGAGAUGGUCCCAAAGGUGAGACUGGACCUGCUGGAUUGCCUGGAAUUAGAGGUGAAGAUGGACUCCCUGGUCUGCCAGGCACACCUGGUGAUGUUGGUCCAAAAGGUGAAGCCGGACUUCCAGGUUUGCCCGGGUUGUCUGGACCUAAAGGUGAUAGAGGUACAGAUGGCCUUCCAGGUGAACCAGGAUUGCCAGGACUUGAUGGCUUGCAAGGACCUCCCGGUCCAGCUGGUGAAGAUGGCCUUCCAGGUUUACCUGGUCUGAAGGGUGAUAUGGGACAAGUUGGAUUCCCAGGAGAAACUGGUCCUGAAGGGCAACCUGGUUUGCCAGGUUUACCAGGUGCAAAGGGGUUGAAGGGUCAACGUGGACUUCCAGGAGAACCAGGUCUACCUGGAUUGAGAGGUCCUAAAGGAGAUUCAGGCUUACCUGGCUUGCCUGGUCAGCCCGGAGAAAAUGGAGAACCUGGUCUGCCUGGACUUACAGGUCCUAAAGGAGAUCAAGGACUACCUGGCAUACCUGGAGAAAGAGGAGACACAGGUCGUCCAGGAUUACCAGGCUUCAAAGGAGAGACAGGGGAGCCAGGUAUAGGUGAGCCAGGAUUGCCUGGACUACCAGGAGAACCUGGCAGAGAUGGUGAGCCUGGUAGACCUGGCUUGCCAGGACUGCCUGGUGACAAGGGCUUACCUGGAUUCCCAGGAGAAAGAGGAUUUCCAGGUGAACCUGGUGAGUCUGGUCGCCCAGGUCUCCCAGGACUUGACGGUCUACCUGGCAUGAAAGGAAAUGCUGGACUUAUUGGUAUCCCAGGGUUCCCAGGAGAGAAAGGAGACUCUGGCUUGCCUGGGUUAGAUGGACCAGCUGGUCUCAAAGGCGAACGAGGACAACCAGGUCUUGAUGGCCUACCUGGUUUGCCUGGCCUGAAGGGAGCACCUGGCCGUGAUGGGCUGGAUGGUGAACCAUGUUUGCCAGGACCAAAGGGUGAAAUAGGCCAACCUGGUCUUCCUGGCUUACCCGGUCUAUCUGGAGAAAAGGGGCAGGCUGGUCUACCGGGUUUGCCUGGCUUGAUUGGAGAAAAAGGUUUCCCUGGCCCAGCUGGAAAGGAUGGUUUGCCUGGUUCACCCGGCCCUGAUGGUGAAAGAGGGCCUGCUGGUCCAGCAGGUCUACCUGGUUUGCCAGGGCUGCCAUCCGUUGGACUGAAGGGUGAGCCAGGUCGAUCAGGAGUUCCUGGGCGAGAUGGUCUGACAGGUCCAAAGGGAGAAGCAGGUUUACCUGGGCUGGAUGGCUUACCAGGCAUGAAGGGAGAACCAUGCACUGAGCCUGGCAUUGGACAACGAGGGCCAAAAGGUGAACCAGGCUUCCCUGGAGCACCAGGCUUAGAUGGCUCACCAGGUGUUCGUGGCAAUGAUGGGUUGCCAGGCUUGCCUGGACUGAAGGGCGACCCAGGUGAGCCAGGAUUACCAGGUGAACGAGGCAGAGAUGGCCUACCAGGCCUACCAGGACUGAAAGGACUACCAGGCUUGCCUGGAGCACCUGGUCUUGAUGGGCGUAAAGGUGAACCAGGGCUUACGGGACUUAAAGGAGAUAUAGGACCAAAAGGAGACAGGGGUGAUACUGGCGUUCCGGGCUUACCUGGUGCAGCAGGCCUUCCUGGAGAGAUGGGAGAGCCAGGUCCACCCUUGGACGUAACAAUGGUGCCAAAAGGUGACAAGGGUGACAGAGGAGAACCUGGAAGCCCUGGUCUAAAAGGUUUACCUGGAUCUGUCGGUGCCCCAGGUCUACCAGGUCUGCCAGGUCGUGAUGGAUUAAAGGGUGAACCUGGCCUCCCUGGCUUGCCAGGACCAGAGGGUCCAGAAGGUCCCCCAGGUAUCGCCGGUGUCCCAGGUAUUGAUGGAGGACCAGGAGUGCCAGGUCCCAAGGGUGAACCAGGACCACAGGGCUUGACUGGUUCUACACCUCCUACUGGUUAUCUCCUUGUUCGCCACAGUCAGUCAACGGAGGUUCCCAGCUGUCCCCGUGGAGAAAACCAACUGUGGGAGGGCUACAGUCUUCUGUACAUCGAAGGCAACGAGCGGUCUCACCAUCAAGACCUUGGCUGGGCUGGUUCCUGCCUGCCUCGCUUCAGUACCAUGCCCUUCCUGUUCUGUAACAUCAACAACGUCUGCAAUUAUGCCAGCCGUAAUGACCGUUCAUACUGGUUAUCCACUAACGCUCCCAUCCCAAUGAUGCCAGUUGGAGAGCGAGACAUCGUCCCAUACAUCAGUCGAUGUGUAGUUUGUGAAGCGCCAGCCAAUGUUAUUGCAGUGCACAGUCAGACGCUUCAAAUCCCAGCUUGCCCUAAUGGAUGGAACAGCCUGUGGAUUGGCUACAGCUUUGCUAUGCACACUGCUGCAGGACCAGGUGGCGGUGGCCAAUCCCUGUCCAGUCCAGGAUCCUGUCUGGAAGAUUUCCGCGCCACACCUUUCAUUGAAUGUAAUGGUGCCCGUGGAACCUGCCACUACUUUGCCAACAAAUAUAGCUUCUGGCUGUCAACUAUAGAAACCAAUGAGCAGUUUGCCUCCCCAAGACCUCAGACGCUCAAGGCUGGCAAUUUAAGAACCCGAGUCAGUCGAUGCCAAGUUUGCAUCAAAGAUGUGUGAUAAGGCGCUGAGUGGCAGAGUAUCUACUGUCUCCUGUUUGUCAUAUUUGUUAAAUCCAUGAUCUGCAGUCAAAGGCCACUCUUCACUCAUUUCAGUACUUGUAAUACUCAGCAGAUGUAUUCGGAAUGUAAUCUGUUCAGACUGUUGUAUCUCACAAGCUGUGUAUCUUCUGAAGCUGAUAGGGGUUUACCCCUCUCCUUUUUUUCGUUUUGUUUAGUGCAUGAAAAAAGUACACAUGAAGGCUUUCCCAUUGUAAGAGAACAAUAAAUCUGUUGACAGCAAUUGUUACGGCCAUUACAUUUCCUUCUGCGGAACACAGUCUGUGUGUGUCAUUAAUUUUCAGAAUGAGGCAUCAGUGUGUAUCUAUAUGGCUAUGAUUUUUAUAGCUUUUAAAAUGUGAUUGUGAUGUGGCUGAGAUUUCCCCCUCCCCCCUAAGGUUUCAUUGCUGUAUGUUUUAGUUUAUAUAAAAUGUUUGGGUUUUUUUACUUACAUGUACAGACGUAUAAUUCUUGUCAGGCAAACCUCAUGUGCCUUAACAGAAAACUGAUUUCAAUGGUGCUAAUACAUAUAAUUUUGAAAGAGUGUUCUGCUCAAUCUCUUUUUAAACUAUGGAUCCUGCAUUUUACAACAACGAAAAAAAACCCUGCUGUGCCUUUUGAAAACAACCAGACACCUAGGUCUUAGGUGGAUGGGUGCUGAACAGAGUUGGACUUGCUGUGAUCACUCAACUCACUGCCAUUUUAACUUAAAUAUAAGCAGCUUUAUAUGUAUAAUAUGCAAUGUUUGUUUUUAGAUUUGUGUAACAGUUUGUUUCACUUUAGUUGUGGGCAGAGACUUUUCCAGUUGUAGCAAGUUAGCGUCACAGCUGUGUAACAUCUACUUCUCUUCAUUCAUGUCUGUAUGGUUGCCUGUAUUUUUUUAUACCAUGUGAAACAAGUCAUAAUACUACGUCAGCAAUUCGAGCCUUUUUUUUUUUUAACGGGUGCUUGAACUUGCCCGUAUAGUUUCUCUAUCUGCCUAGAGGCCAGUGUGGUGUUGUGUCUGUCCAAUGCAACUGGAUGUACAGUAUUGCUGCCUGCAAUCAGCAUAAGUUUAAGGCAAGACCCAUCGCGACUGUGGGAGUUGCACAGACAUGGAGAUAUAUGCAUAUAGGUUGGAUAAAAGGAAACUAAUCAGGAACUGGAAAGUGAUAAUUAGCAGGACUGUUCAAAUAAUAAUGAUAAAUAAUUUUAAAAACUAGAGGUUCAAGGGGAUAGUCUUAUUCAGUUCAGUACAUUUGGCUUUACAUCAAAAUACACAGACUAAUAAAAUUCUUUAUAGGGAAAAUAAUAAUUGUUUCUCUAAGAAGAAAGUCUUAUGCCACAAAAGCAAUGACAACUACAAAACUGUACAGUUUAUAUUAGAACAGUCUAAAAGAUGUGAACAACAUUGAGUUUGCUUGAGUGCCAAAAUCACUAGUAUGGAAUUUAUAUUUGCACAAUUAACCACAUAAUCUUUCAUUAAACUUAAAGCCACACUAAGCAGGAACUCUUCAUAUUUUUGUCUUUUACUUUUGUACAGUAUUUCUCAACCAUCUCUUAAAAGUCCUAGAAACAUUAGCAAAUAAAAGUGCACCCAAUGUGUCUAUAUAUAUAUAUCUUGUACAUACAUUUUAUACACAUUUCCACAGUAAAUAUUUUAGAUUUUUAUCUCUAGUCAUUUUGAAGGAGUACGAAUGAUCAGUUGCAUUUCUCGGUUCGUGGUUUGUCAAGGUCGUCUCUAGUCAAGCCGUUUUGUGCUAAACAUACCAGUGUUCCUAAGUGGGUCUAUCUAGUUAUAUCCAGCAUUGUGCAGCUCCUUUUGUGCAAGACCGAUACAUUUAUGUGGGAAAUUCAUCUUGCCUAACAGCGAAAUAACAGCAUACAUUUGAAAUAAAGUUCAUUUUUUA